AUGUGUGUGUGUAUAUAUAUACCAUUCACCCCAAUGUGUGGAUCUAUACGGCCUAAAGUUUUAUCAACUUAGGUAUGUUCUUGUACUCUUUUGCCUUAUUUUAGCACUCUGUCUUUAUAUCAGUCUGCUUAACGUUGACGGUUAACUGCAGCAACUUCUUCUUGUUUGUUUCCUUUGUUUUUUUUUUUUAUUGUGUUUUUAAUUUGCCCCUUCUUGUUUUUGAAAAUUGAAUUUUCCUAACUUUAUUCCACAGAUCUUAUCUCUUCCUAAAAGUAUGAAUUUCAUUGAUUUGCUUUUACCUGCAAUACUUAUAUGCUUUAAUUUUAAAAGUCUUCAUCAGUUUAUUUCUAUUUUGAUUCAUGAGUCAUAUCGCCAAGAAUAUUUAAUAUUUUAGUCACCUGGUCUCUGAUUUCCCUCACACAUUGUUCUGCUCUCAAAAAGCUGCAAAAGACAACCAAUAUAUUUAGCCAAAUGGUAUUAGUUCUCACUUUUCUGCUUCUUCAUGGAAAAACAUGCCGGACUAGGUUUGGUUCACUGGUUCUGAAGGUGACUUGUUCUAAUAGGAUGUCAUUUUAUCAUAUACUCCGAUUGAGUAGACGGUGAAGCCUCACAGUCUUACAAUGAGGUCUCAAUUCAUAGUUGAAUCUCCCAUUUGGUAAUUAGCCAUAUCAGAAGUAGAGGCAAAAAGACAAAUUAGGCUGUUUACAAUUGUCAACUUGGUGGAAGAUGAUCAGUGGAAUGAGUGCAAAGAUUCGGUUAGUUAGAUGUCCUCGAUGUCGGCAGAUCCUUCCAGAGUUGCCAGAUAUUCUUGUCUAUGAAUGUGGUGGCUGCGGCACACGUCUCCAAGCAAAAAUUCGAAAGGAAAAUGCCAAAAGCACAUCUAACUUACCUCAAACAGAUGCUGAAGAGACGAAUAAAUUUGAUCAUGUUUCUGAAGGUAAUGAAUCUAGCAGCUCAAGUCAUGAAGCAAUUCUUCCUUCUGUAGGCGUAUUCUCUUUGGACCAAAACAAUGGGAGGAAUCAAGUUGAAUCCAAUGAUUUCAAUGGUGACAACGUCACAGGUGUAAACUUACCACACAAAGAUGAAAACAAAGCAAGCGAUCAAAAUAGAUUAGAGGAUUUUGAUAAUGGACAUCUUGAAGAUGUAAAGUUAACAAAUGAGGACCAAAAUGAUGAGGGUGACAAAAAUAAAUCUGGGGUUUUUGACAAUGAGCAAUUCAAGGUUGUAAACUUAUCAAAUGAGGACUACAACAACUGUGAUCAUCAAAAUGAAUUUUUAGCUCGCAAUAUUGAGCAGCACGGAAUUUCCAGCAGAGACUGUUCAUCAAAUGAACUUACUUGUUUUGAGAAUGGAAACCCGUCCCAGUUCCCAUUAUCCGGAGCAAGCUCAUCAUCGUCAGCAAAGGCAACAGCAGAGGGAGAAGCAGAAGCAGAUGCUAAAAAUGAGAGUGAUUCUACUUUUAGAAGAUCAAGCCAAAUGGAGCACGAUGAUACAAAGGGAAGUACUUCAAUUAUUGCUGCCCAUCAGCUGGCAGGGGAAAGCAUUUCUUCAGAUAUCCUUAUAAAUUGUGAUGAACUGCUCGCGGAGCCAGAGGAAGGUUCUUACCAAGUCUUCGAUCGCUUACAAUCAACGGAUACAUUUGAAACCACAGAUUUUGUAAACCCGAGCUCUGAGCUCAGUGGUAGUCUUGUAGAUUUGUCCAAAUCCCCAACAACCAGAAGCUCUCGUGCUUAUUAUGAUGAUGGUGUCUCUUCCUAUGAAGGAACUGAUGAUCUGCUGCCUGAUCGACACAAACAUUCCUCUAAACAUGCUCACAAGCUUGCUAACUAUGCUGCUUCUGAUGUGAGGCCCAGAAGAGAAAGAUUCCUAGUCAACAGCAAUCAUGAAAUGCAGCAUCGUUUCAGGAGUUCUGCCUCCGCUAUGCCUGAUUAUGCCACAAAAUCUAGCAAGGUGGAUCGAGAAGAAUUGCAGGAGCCGACAAGACUCGGCCAUCCAGUUGGAAACUGGAGAAGAUUAGCUAGAGAAGAAUAUAUGCCUCAGCACCCUUUCCAUCGAAGGGAAUCCCUGACCAGCCAUGAAAGUGGUAGUCCUUCCAAUCACAAUGGCUUCUACAAUACAAGCUUUCCUUCACAAGACAAGCCUGUGUAUACUGAACAGGAGAAGAUGAAGCUGUUGAGGAUGGUUUAUGAAUUGCAGGAUCAACUUAACAAAGCCUCUCUGAAUGAUAAAGUAAAUGCAGGUGUCUCUUGGCAUGAUCAUCAUAUUCCCAUGUAUCAUAAUCAUGACUUCCUACAGGAGGAAAAUUUUCAUAACUUGAUCUAUUCUAGAUAUUCUGGAAGAGUCAGAGAGGGAAGUAACUGGUCGCAACAGAAAAAAUUCUCAAGAAUACCCUUCUCAGCGGAGGCAACCACCAGUAGACAUCAAGUUGAUCAUUCCUUGUGCUGCUGUCCCCAAGAGCGGCAGUGCCCAGCACAGUUAACUCCACUUGGCCUUCGUCAUAAUAAAGGGCUUUGCAGGGUACAUCCUCAUCUCAACCUUUACAAUUCCUAUGGCUCUUGUCCCUCAAGUCCUCAACAACGUGUGGACUCUCAGUUUACCAUAUACAGCCGUGGAACAAAGUCCGCUGACCAGAGGCAUAGAAGUUAUGAAGUGAAGAAGUACCUGAGGGAGAAACGUCACUUGGCUAAGCGACAUCUCAGGCCCAUAGCAGGUGGGGCCCCUUUCAUAACUUGUUCUUCUUGCUGGAAACAGCUGCAGCUACCUGCUGAUUUUCUGCUCUUUAAAAGGAGGUGCCAUCAGCUAAGAUGUGGUGCUUGUUCAGAGGUACUUAAGUUUUCACUUGUAAGCAGAACGCAUCUCAUCCCAUAUAUGCCAACUGUUGAAGCUCCUCCACCAAGUGAGUUUGACGAGUAUAGUGAUGCUAUUAAUCAGAGAAACUUUACUUCCACGUCUCAUGUCAGUGAUUGUCCCUGCCCGGAUUCCAUAUCAUGCUCUGAUGAUUAUGGACACUCUUUCCAUAAAAGCUAUUCCAUUGACAGGGAUCCUGUUUCCCACACACCAUUUCAUGCGAUUCAUGAAAAUGGAGUUGAAAGAAACGUGCCAAAUGGUUCGCUUAAGCAUAGUGAAGAGGGAAGGAAAUUUGUUUUGAACGAGGCUCGAAACAAAGGUAAAAAUCCUGUAGAAAUAUAUGAAUCAGCUGGCCCAUCGUCUAGUACAUCCAUAUCAAAGAAAGUAUCUUCAGAAAUUGAGGAGCUGCCUGUAGCAGCAGGAAGAGGGGGAGGUUCACCGCUUCAUCGACUAAUGGGUUAUUCCUCACCAACUCAUAUGAUAUUUGGUUGGGGACCAUCCUUCUCUGGGACAAGCUCAUAUUCUCUAGAAGGAGAGCUGAGGUAGAGAAACUGAGAGAAUUCUCAUGCAGCAGCAGUUUAUAAUACCCUCCACCCGAAUCCAUGGUGUUCUAAAUACUGGUGCUUGAAGCGAUUUUACUUUCUUUUUGUUUCUGUCUAUUUUUGGUACAGGUAAAAUGGGAUUGAUCUCAGCUGCCGGAGAGCCUGGAGUAUAUGUUAGUAGUAGAAACCAAAACUUCCAAGUUUUAUAUGUACAGAAAAUAGAUGUUCAGCAGAAAAAACUCGGUAUGAUUUGUUUAUUUGUAUAGUCUCUGUUUUUCUUUUACUAUUAUUAGUAUUCUUUAAUUUGAAGUUCUGUUUAUUUGUAUA